AUGAUUGCAUCUAAAAAUUUUUUAUCUACUUAUAUAAAAAUUCAUGUUUCAUUACGUGGAGCAGCUUUUUCAACAUCUAUUUUAAAUAAAACAAGUAUGAAAAUUGAAAAACCAUUACAAUUAUUAGAGCCUAUGAAUGUACCUCCAAGACUUUUAAUGGGACCAGGACCAAGUAAUAUGAGAAAUGAUAUUCAAGAAUCUACUUGUAAAACAUUAUUAGGACAUUUACAUCCUGAAUUUACUAAAAUAAUGGAUGAUGUUAGAGAAGGAAUUAAGUACUUAUUUCAAACAAGUAACAAAUUAACUUUUGCUGUUAGUGGAACUGGUCAUGCUGGAAUGGAAUGUGCUUUGGUUAAUUUAUUAGAAAAAGAAUCUAAAUUUUUGGUUAUUCAGAAUGGUCUAUGGGGUAGUAGAGCAGCAUCUCUUGCAAAACGAAUGGGAGUUGAUGUAAAAGUUUUGGAAGUAGAAAAUGGAAAAUCUGCUGAUAUUGAAGAAUUUAAAAAUGUUGUUAAAACUUACAAACCUAAUGUUGUUUUUAUUUGUCAUGGUGAAUCUUCAACUGGUGUUAUGCAUCCAUUAAAUGGCUUUGGUAAAAUAUGUCAUGAUAAUAAUGCUCUUUUGCUUGUUGAUACUGUUGCAUCUAUUGGUGGUGCUCCUUUUAAUAGUGAUGAAUUAGAAAUUGAUUGUGUAUACUCAGCUACUCAAAAAGUUCUUAAUGCUCCACCAGGCUUAGCGCCAAUAACAUUUAGUGAUAAAGCUGUUGAACAUAUUAAAAAAAGAAAAACACCUGUUGCAUCAUUUUAUUUUGAUGCGAUGGAAUUAGGAAACUAUUGGGGUUGUUAUGGUGAACAAAGAAGAUAUCAUCAUACAGGAAUGAUUUCAAUGGUUUAUGCUUUACGAGCAGCGUUAGCCGAUAUUGUACAAGAAGGAAUUGAUUGUUCAGUUGCUCGUCAUCAAAAAAAUGCUAAAAUACUUUACAAAAAAUUGAAUGAAAUUGGUUUAGAACCAUUUGUAGAAAAUGAAAAUCUUCGAUUACCAUGUUUAACAACAGUAAAAGUACCAGAGAAUAUAUCUUGGCAACAAGUUAUUAGCUGCAUGAUGGAAAAUGGAAUUGAAAUUGCAGGUGGAUUAGGUGCUACAGCCGGAAAAAUAUGGAGAAUAGGUACAUUUGGUCAAAAUUCAAACCAGGAAACUAUUGAAAAAGUCACAAACCAACUUAAAUUGUGUCUUGAAAAGCAAAAAAAGUAA